UAAUAAUUAUUUGCUCAUUAAUUGGUAUCCCUAGAUUUGCUUUGCAUGGUGAAAAAUAGUAAAAAUGUUGAGUAAACCAAAAUAAAAAAAAACAAAUUCAGUUCAUUAUUUUUCAAGUAACUCUUUUCUAUUUUCGUGACUUUCAUCAGUUUAGAAUCUUUUCAAUAAGUAAUUCAAUAAUAAGAUGGAUGCUGCUGACCGUCUACUAAACAAUGAGAGACUAGGAGCACAUAGUUUAGAAGAGGACCAAUUAUUGAAGAAGCCACAGCCUGGAGUGAAGAGUGACUUAGUCAAUGAGUGUAAAGUGUUUAUAAAGGCAGAGGAUGGUAGUGGAGAUGCACAAGUAAAUACUUUUGCAGCUAUGAUACCAAAACAGUCAGUUUCAGACAACCCUAGUUUUGCCACUUCAACACCAGAUCCUAAAAAGGAAACACCUUCCGAUGAUCAUGUUAUCCUUGAUUCCAAUCCAGAAUGUGAUAUGGAGGAUGGUAUAUCUGAAUUGCCGACAGAUGAUGGCCUUCCAAGCACUGUCACAGUGCUGGAUGCUCCCGAUGGUGGGAAAGUGUAUUUAGUGGGUACUGCACACUUCAGUAUACAAUCUCAGGAGGAUGUAUCCAGAGUAAUACAAGAAGUAAACCCCCACAUAGUGAUGGUGGAGUUAUGUGAACAGAGAACUAAUAUUUUGUUAUUAGACGAAGAAGUCAUACUUAGAGAAGCUAAGAACAUUAACAUUAAAAAGAUAAGAGCGACAAUGGCUCAGAAUGGCGUAUUUAAUGGACUUAUGUACAUAUUGUUGUUAAAUAUGUCCGCACACAUCACUAGGGAGUUGGGUAUGGCUCCUGGUGGUGAAUUUAGGCGUGCAAUGGCUGAGGCUAAGAAAGUCCCCGGCUGCAUUGUACAGUUAGGUGACAGGGCAAUAGAUGUCACUCUGCACCGAGCUAUUGCUUCCUUGUCUUGGGGACAAACCAUUAGGUUCAUCUGGCAUUUGCUCACUUCAAACCAGACUAUAAGUUUGGAGGAAGUAGAAAAAUGUAAACAGAAGAAAAUGUUAGAAGAUAUGUUGGAGGAGAUGGCUGAGGAGUUCCCAGCAUUGAAGAGGGUGUUUGUUGUAGAGAGAGAUAUGUAUCUCUGUCAUUCCCUGCAAGUAGCUGCUUUGCAACCACGUCGUGAGCCUUGCCGCAUUGUGGGCGUUGUUGGUAUCGGCCACGUAGCAGGCAUCGUGGAACAUUGGGGCAAAAUCAAACCUCAAGACAUUCCGCCAUUGCUCCAGGUGCCGCCUCCGUCUCUUUCCACGCGUGUGAUUCGCGUCACGGUACGCGUGGCUUGUAUAGGCGCUCUGAUCUACGCUGGUUAUAAGCUCAGACCCCGGCGCUGGUUCCCUUGAUAACGAUAAAGUGCAAUUUGGUGACCAUAAUAAUAUGACUGUGGAUUGGCUGAUGCGUUGGUUAACUAUAAUAAGAAGUUAAUUUUGUGAUGUUUGGUUCUUUAUAAGGUCUUGCAAUAAAUAAUAAUUCUAUAAAUGCAAGUUGUUGUUAGAGAGAAUGUGAAUUAAGUUUACUGGAUUAUUGAAAAGGGCCAUGUUUGUUAGCAAACAAAUAUAUAUGUAUAAAUAAUAUUAUGAUAUCUAUGACAUUGUAUAUAAGGUGGUUUAUUGCUUGUAAGCGCUGAUACAUAGAAAUACUUUAUUCAAAAGCUUUGGCUUGAUUUUCUUUAUAUUUUAAGUAUUCACAGUUAUUUUAUGUCGACUGAAUUGAUUGAUUCGUCGUAUCAUUUGCAUUAUUAUAUCAUAAUAAUACCUUAUUGUUGCACAUAGUUUUACAAGUAAAAUACUUUUGUUGUUCCUGAUUCUAUGUUCAGUUUGCACUAGACUUAAAUAUUAAGGAUCAGUAUCCUUAGUACGAGUUUGCUAUUACGUUUAAAGUAAUCGAAACGAGAGCGUGGUCGGGGUUCUGAUUGGUUGGUUCAUUCGCACUGGCCAAUCAGAGCGUCGAACGCCCUCGUUUCGAUUUCGCUCAACGUAAAGCAAUAUCGUACUAAGGGUACAGUUUGGGACUUGUUAUUUGUGCGCCGCCCAUACAGUAUGGUCAUUAAAUAAAAGCUCAAGAAUAAUAAUUGAGGAUUGUAAAAAUGCCUUUCAUUUAUCUAUAUACUAUUUAUUAGGCUCUAGUAAAACAUGAUAAUUACAAUAAAUUAUAUUUAGAUUAAUGGUUCAUUGAUCUACAAAACGCACAGCUUACGCUUGCUCUAAGAUUUAAAACUCUCCACAAUAACAUGUAAUAAAGUAAUGUUUGAGUAUAUAACGGAAUAAUCAAGGUUUAAAGUGCUUAAAAGUACUUAAUAAAAUGGAUAGUCACACAGUCCCAUUUCUUGGAUCUGACCCUUACAUAUACAGGAAUAAUUUUAUCAAACUAACGUUAGUGUAGCGUUUGACGAGUCUUAAUUAUAAUAGUAAUAAAGGUGCUGAUGAACUUGAGCAUUCUUGCAAUAUUACAUUAUAAAAAUAAAACGAUAUUGAAGAAGGGCCAAAUUAAAUCUACCCUUUACUGACGAACAUGCAUGAAAAGACUGAUGACUGUUGAUGAAGCAGUAUGUAAGUAGUAGUAGUAAUUGGCGUUCCAUACAUACAUAACCUCACGCCUGUUCCCCAUGGGGGUAGGCAGAGACAAUGGAAGGCGAAUUAAACUGUCUGUUGUUUAUACUUCGAUAAAUUGAAAACGGCGAUUGCUCUAAUGCUCAGGAUUAUCAUCACCGUUGUGUCCGUUCCAUAAUAUUGUGUUAUUGAUGUUCUUGUCUAGAGUACCGUUUUAUGUCUUCUAAUUUAGUAAUGGCUGCAAUUAAGUUUGUCUUAAGAAUAAUAAAAUAAGACGUGAAAUUAAUUUCAGUAGGAAUUUUGACUGAGCUAUGGUUUUAGUGGUUUUAUAUUUUGUUGGAUAACGAUUACUAAGUCAAGAUAUUGCAAACGUAGCAAGGAUUUGAAAUUUGUCCUCCUAUGUUAUCUCGUUGUCAUUUCUAUGUAGUAUAUACGUAUGUAUGUAUGUAUGUAUGAAAAAAUGUUACGUUUCUACCGUGAGGAUAUCAAUUUCAAACCUUGCUAAUAAAAAAGUGUUCUAUGCGUGUUAGACCAAUUUUUAUGUAGUUAGUAUUGGUUUAAUAAAUAAAAAGGACUGUGAUAGAAAUUUAUAAAUAAAGUUUCCAUCCGUCUUAAAAAAUUAGGCCGAUAUAAUAUAUCAUAAUUUAUAUAUUAAAUUGACCUUGUAAUACUAAAUAAUGCAUUAUGAUUUUAGAGGUGCCUUUGGAAACCUCUGCUUUGUAGCUCAGUAACAUGAAAAAUAUUGUUCACAUUACCUAUAUUCAAUAAAGGAUAACCUAAAAUAAAA